GGAGAACGAGAAGAAGAAGACGGUUUGCGCAUGGUUACGUCCUUCCAUUUUUCUUUGUUAUUGUUCUGAUAUAUGUUUUGCAUUGCAUUUCUACCUGAGGAUUUUGGAGCUAGAUUUUGUAUAGUGGUAUUGGAGCAAUGUCGAGUGUGCCUGCUCCCAAUCGCUCAUCCGCCGGCUGGCCGCGCGGGGUCAGUCAGUUCGGCGGGAACAAAUACAUGAGCGCGCCUGCAAAGCCGCUCAGCCUGGAGAGAACAAUCAAUUUGUGAGUAACAGAAUGAAUAGGGGGGGGGGGGAGAGACUACGUGGUUUUGCAAAGACUACUAAAAUACCCGUCUUUCAUUCAAUUGUAUGGAAAAGUUCCUGCCCUGCAAGCUUCGCAGUAGCCAGAAUCCGACUUUCAUUACAUUAGUCGGAACGCUGCAAUGACACGAUCAGGACAGCGCAGAGUAGGCGAUAACUAUGGCUCGGAAAAUGUACCUCAAUCCCAUUAUUCCAACUGACAAAUCGAGAAGAUUGAAAUACUGCUAGUUUUUAAUGACUACUAGUUUUUUCGUCAGCAUGCUAGGCUAAUGCUAUAGUAGCCCGGUGGAUAAAUAAGAUCGUUUACUCAGGCCGUUUACCAUUGAAAAUGGUUACGGUUCCUGUCUGUGUAAAUGGGCGUUUCAUCUCUCGCGUGAGCAUACUUUCCCCGCGUGAACUCAUGGUUCCUCCAUAAUAUAUAUAUUUUUACCUUUAUGUAACUAGGCAAGUCAGUUAAGAACAAAUUCUUAUUUACAAUAACGGCCAAACCCGGACGACGCUUGGCCAAUUGUGCGCCGCCCUACGGGCCUCCCAAUCACGGUCGGUUGUGAUACAGCCUGGAAUCAAACCAGGGGGUCUGUAGUGACGCCUCAAGCACUGAGAUGCUGCGCCACUAUAUUUAUAACUAACCAUGAUAGUUAAUCUGUGUCGUUUACAGUGGGAGCUAAUUAAGCAUAGUGGGCAGAAAAAACAAGGAGGUGGGAUUUUAGUUCUAGUUUUUAACAAAUCAAAACGGAAUUAAAAAGAAGAAAGCUGGACUCCAAAAAACAAGUUGACCUACAAAAACUUCCAUUGACACUAUUACAUAUGUAAAUUAUGUUAAGUAGCCUCAUAAUAAACCCAUGCAUUAAUGUGAAAACAGAUUUGUAUUUAUAUAAAUUAAUCUAUUGUGUUUGUAAAAUGUGAAGGGAAAAAAAAGAUUAUUUUAAACAAAAAAAGCACAAGAAUGAGCUAGAGAGAUCUUUCUUCUUCUUUAGGAUUUGGGUUGUCAGAUCGCAUCCAACUUUUAGGUGCAUACCCCCGCCACCUACUGCACUGGUGUGAGACCAUUCACGGCCUACCUACAUUAAAUUCUUAAUACGGUAGUACAAAAUUGGGGAAAAGGAAAAUUGCCCCUCCAACUAUUAGCCCUCUCAACAACAAAAACACCACCCCAUUCCACUAUUUAACCCUAUCUAAUCCUACUCCAGACCACCGGUCUGAGAGGACAGAACACUACCACUCAACACCCCCUAGUGAGAUCCUAUUGGCGCGUUGUAGCAUGUAUUUGCAUAUUUCCGUUAAGGAACGCCUACUCUGAAGUGUGCGUGUGCAAUAACUCAAUUCGCCCUUGCACUCCUAAACAAUAGCAUUUUUUGAAACUUUGGUAAAGGCUAAAGUCUACAAAACGCAGUCCACUCUGUUACAGAUUAUAGUUUUGGAAACAGAAAACUGUAUGGUGAUCAAAUCUUUAAUCGAUGAGAAAAUUAGCAGAAUGUCUGCCAAAAUCCAUUUCGCUCCAUCUUCUCCCACUGCCAGACACUGGGCUUCCUCUCAUCACCAUAUUUGGUAGUGAGUGGAAACGCCAACUGGAUGCUUCACAUUUAUACAUCAGGUGAAAUAUCUGGCUCAUUCUUCUGGCACAUUCUUCUAUCUUUGAGCUGGCUCUGGUCUACUUAUUGUCUCCUCCCUUUUGCCCCACCCAUCCCGCCCAUAAAACAUUUGCCAGUGAGAUGUCUCACCCUGGGGCACCCUUGGGGCGGGGGCAAUAAGUAGACCAGAGUGGCCCCGCCCAAUCAGAAACAAUUAGGGAGUGGGGUGUCUUGCUUUCUCUACUGUCUCUGCCUUAGCGUUGGGGUGAGUAGCUACCGGAAGUGUUGUCGAAUCUAAUGGGCUGCUAUAGCAUUAGCUAGCCUAGCAUGCUAACAAAAAACAAGCAGUCAUUAAAGACUAGCAGUAUUUCAAUCUUCUUGAUUUGUCAUUUGGGAUGAUGAGAUCAUUAGUAGUACAUUGCCAUCUCCCAUCCCUGGAUUGAGGUACGUUUUCCAAGCAAUAUCUCGAGCCAGCUCCGCGCUUUCCUGAUCGCUGCAUAGCCACGUUCCGACUAGAGAGAGAACGAUGUCUAUUCGGAUUCUGGCUAGCUUUGCAGCUGGCUCUAUGUCCAAUUUGACAGCCCAGUUUGUGACAAAAAAUGUCCUGUAGAUGCAUCCUCAUUCAAAAGCUAUACAGUGUGUGUGUUUGUGGGUGGGUGACUGGGUAGCAGUGGAGGCUGCUGAGGGGAGGACGGCUCAUAAUAAUGGCUGGAACAGAGCGAUUGGUAUGGCAUUGAACAUUUUCAUGGAAACAAUGUGUUUUGAUGUAUUUGAUACCAUUCCGCUCCAGCCAUUACCACGAGACCUUCCUCCCCAAUUAAGGAGCCACCAACCGCCUGUGCUGGGUAGUGUGUGCAUGUUAGUAGAGGCAUGCUAUGGGAUGUGCACAUUUAAAAAAUGGUAUUCAUGACAUUGUGUUUCAGAUACCCUCUCACCAACUACACAUUCGGGACCAAGGAGCCUCUGUAUGAGAAGGACAGUUCAGUGGCAGCGCGGUUCCAGAGGAUGCGGGAGGAGUUUGACAAGCUGGGCAUGCGGAGGGCGGUGGAGGGAGUGCUUAUUGUCCAUGAGCACAGGUUGCCCCAUGUACUGCUGUUGCAGCUGGGAACCACCUUCUUCAAACUGUAAGCACUACCACCAGCCAAGCACAGCCUGCAGGAGUUACACCAACAGUCUGUUUGUUUUUAAUGUAUGUGCAUGCGUGUUUGUAUGGUUCUCUUAUAGGGUUGUCUAUUUCUCUCUUGCAGGCCAGGUGGAGAGCUGAGCCCGGGGGAGGAUGAGGUGGAUGGGCUGAAACGCCUGAUGACAGAGGUACGAUACACAUGCACUCACAUCACACACACAGUCAAAGGAGGCCGGCCAAACAGAGUUGGAAUCAUAACUUGAGAUUACAUCCAUCCUAGCAUUCUCUUAGCUCUCGAAAACCCUUCUUCUCCGUAUGUAGUGUUUUCAGCCAUUACAUUUGCCUACAUUUGGCUCUGUGUAAACUACAAUUUGGAUGCUGUGUUUUAACGUUUAGAAAUGUCAAUCAUCGCUUUCGAGAAAGAAUCUUUCAAAAAAAAAAAACGUACUGGAACAGUUUUGCACAGAUCCAUACACUGUGUGCCUCCAGUUGAUGAACUACACUUCCUCCCCAGUUAGCUUACACAGAGGUGUUCGGAGCACGCUAGAUAGCUAAUUAGCACAGGUGGCGGCCUAUGUCUUCCGUCUGUCUUCAGUAAACAAGCGCUGUAACAUGGAGAUAUGGCCGCGUGGGAACACAAACCUAACCCUAUAAUGGUGUGUAGUAAUUUACCUUUUUUUAUAUAUGGUAUAUGAAAGAUCCAUUCCUUAUGUUUCCAAAACAGUACCGCAAGCGAUGCGUAUUAAUGUUUAGAGCAAGCGUCAGGGGCUCUUAACAAAACUCCCCCGAUCAAAAGAUACUAUCGUCAAUAGGCGCUAAAGUAGUUAAUGUCUAUGAAUGGGGUAGCAUUCUCUAAGAUCUUGCAGGAUGCGGUGAUGCCAUAGUGAUUGUCUUUACUGUGUCUUUGUCAGAUCCUGGGCCGGCAGGACGGGGUGAAGCAGGAUUGGGUGAUCGAUGACUCCAUCGGAAACUGGUGGCGCCCCAACUUUGAACCCCCACAGGUGAGCACAAACCAACACACAGCACACCUUACACUGACAUUUAUCAAGGAGGAGAUAUUGAGCCUGCAGUAAAAACGUGUGUUAGAUAUGUGUUUGUGUCUGUUCUGCUGCAGUAUCCCUACAUUCCAGCCCACAUCACUAAACCCAAGGAGCAUAAAAAGCUCUUCCUGGUUCAACUGCAGGAAAAAGGUAAGUGCCCCUUAGCUAGUCAAAAUCUUCUCUACAUACUCUACACACAAAUAUAUUGUGUGAUAUUUGCUUCUGUGUCUCUCAGCUCUGUUUGCAGUCCCAAAGAACUACAAACUGGUGGCAGCCCCUCUGUUUGAGCUUUAUGACAACGCCCCUGGCUAUGGGCCAAUUAUAUCCAGCCUACCGCAGCUACUAAGCAGGUAGUGUGUGUGUUUUAUAUUGUGUCUAAAGCAUGUUUGUGUUAGAAUGAGUAUGUGAGUGUAUAAAGGGUGUGUGUGCGUGUGUGAGAGCUCAGGUAUGCUGUAUAUUCAUACAGUGCUGAAAAAUAUUUAUUUCCUGUAGGUUCAACUUUAUCUACAACUAAAUGGUGUGAGAAUGGGCACAGUGGCUGGCUGUCUCUGUGAGUGCAGCCAUAUAUGGGUGAAAUGAAGACAUGGAGGGGAAGUAAAACAAUGGGGCAAUCAAAAUAAAGCGACACAAAGCUACUCACCUCUGGCUUCCCGGUAAGGCUGAACAAAAAACCCACCACCUCAGGAGAAGGGACUGUAAAUGUGCUGUUUACAAUGAUGGAAGAAAAAAAUACUGUCUGACUUUUUGUUUGGAUCUGGAAAAUGUGAGUCGUUUAGUACAUGAUUAAACUGCAACCCAGUGUCUCAAGAAUCAGAUUGUAUGCUCUUGCAGCCGAAUACAUUUGUUUUGAUUAAAGAAACAACAGCAUUGCGUUUCCUGUUGUGUUUUAACCUGUAUUACGUCAUGAUUUAUUUAUUUUUUUCAAAAAUAAAUUAGGCUUUUCAUGAAGACUGUCUUUUAUAACAAGUGUGUUGAUGACAUCUUGGUUUUGGUGUAUUGUUUUCACUAUAUAUACUACCUGUUGGUGAUGUCAUUCAGAAACACAAUGUCAACUUUCAUUGCUAUGCAGACGACACACAGCUGUACAUUUC